AUGCUGAAGUUGAAGACACCUGUUAGAACAGGGAAAGCAAAGGGAGGCUCAUCUUCAGGAAAGAUGAAACAAGCGAGUCUUAUGUCAUUCUUUAAGCCGAUGGAAAAGAAGCAAUCACCAUUGAAAGAUCACGCCAACGGAUUUUCAUCAUCACCAUUGAAAUAUAAGCAUACCGUUACAGAAAAGAGUGAAAUAAAGAAGAAUGCAGCUACGGUACUGGAUGUUCGCCAUGGCGAAAGCGAUGACGAGAGCAAAGUCUUUGACGAUGUUUCUGAUGAUAGUACUCCGUCAUCCACGUCACCUGUUGCAUCCGCAGAAUGUGCAAAGACGAGACACAUGAUACCAUCCAGCCCUCUGAGAGUAUCAGAUAGAGAAGAUACCGAGAUAGCUACACCAUUGAAGAAGCCCAUGUUGGAGAAAGCAGAUGGUCUAACGGGAAGACAAGCAAAGCGUAAUGUCAGUUAUGUGGAAUCAGAUCUGGAAGACGAAGACAAUGUGAUGCCUGCAAGGGAAAAAAGAAAGAGAAGAGUUAUUGAAAGUGAUUCAGAGGAUGACUUCAAACCUGGUGAUGAUAAUGAUGAUGAUGAUGACGAUGAUAUGAGUGACUUUGUUGUUGAUGACGAGGUUGAAGAAGAACAAUCUAAACUGGAGUCUGAUGCGGAAGACUCUAUUUCAAUAUCCAAAAAGCGAAAAACUUCAAAGCCAUUGAAAGUGUCAUCUGUUAAAUCUGAACCAGUAGAAAACAGUAAUGCAUUGGGUCAGAAGUUUGCCGCCGGAUCAUCAUAUAUAGCAACAGUAUCUGCUAGAACGCCCAAAAGUUCCACUAAGAAGUUGCUGCAUACUCCAGAAACGAAAAAGCCAUUUUCCAAGGAAAAUGAAGAAAGAUACGAGUGGUUGGUUGACAUCAAAGACGCUAAUAAGAGAUCACUUACCGACCCAGAUUAUGACUCACGUACUAUCUUCAUUCCUCCACUGGCUUGGCUUAAAUUCACUGCGUUUGAGAAACAGUACUGGGAAAUCAAAUCAAAAAUGUGGGAUACAGUUGUGUUCUUCAAAAAAGGUAAGUUCUACGAAUUGUACGAGAAUGAUGCUAUUAUUGCCAAUACUGAAUUUGACUUAAAAUUAGCUGGAGGUGGAAGAGCAAAUAUGAAAUUAGCAGGUGUUCCCGAAAUGUCUUUUGACUAUUGGGCUAAAGAAUUCAUUAGUCACGGUUAUAAAGUGGCUCGCGUGGAUCAAAAGGAAUCCCUAUUGGCUAAAGAAAUUAGAGGCAAGAGUGGUGUGAGUCAAGUUAAGGAAGAAAAAAUAAUUAAGAGAGAGUUAACUGGUAUUUUGACUGGGGGAACAUUAACCGAUUUGGGAAUGAUCACAGAUGAAAUGCCUUUAUAUUGUAUGAGUAUUAAAGAAAUCACUACCAGUGAUUCGAAGACAAUUGGUGUGGCAUAUGUCGAUACUUCAACUUCUCAGUUAUGUUUGAUUGAAUUUGAAGACGACAUGGAGUUAACAAAAUUGGAUACCUUAGUAGCUCAAUUGAGACCCAAAGAGGUCAUUUGUGAAAAGAAUAAUCUUUCAUCAUUAGCUACUAAGAUUUUGAAGUUCAACAACAAUGGCAUCAUAUGGAAUACUCUUUCUCCCUUGACAGAAUUCUGGGACUAUGAGACUACAAUAAAAACUCUUGAAAAUGACUUUGGUAACCCAGAAUUUUUUCAACAAUACAUUAAUAAUGAAGUUGUUAUUAAUGCAUUUGGUGGUCUUUUGUACUAUCUUCAAUUAUUGAAAUUAGACAAGCAAAUAAUGGAGACCGGCAAUUUCCAAAAUCAUAAGAUUAUUCAACGAAACCACAUGAUUCUAGAUGGUACUUCUUUGGUAAAUUUGGAAAUAUUUUGCAAUAACAGCGAUGGCGGAGAGAAAGGGACAUUAUUCAGAUUCAUUAAUAAGUGCAUUACUCCAAUGGGAAAGAGAAUGUUUAAACAAUGGGUUCUUCAUCCGUUAUACAAGGUAGAAGAUAUAAAUGAUCGUUAUGAUACUGUUGAUUUUUUAAUGAAUGGAGACGUGAAGUUGAGAUUACUAUUGGAGGAUAGUAUUAAAGGCUUACCAGACUUGGAAAGAUUAAUUGCGAGAACAAGUUCAAAGCUGUUGAGGUUUAGAGACUUCUUAAAAGUUAUUCAAGGAUUAGAGACCAUUAAUGGUCUUUUCACAAAAUUACAAGAAUUGUCUACUAGUGCGCCUGGAGCACUUGGGAAAGUUUUAACAACCAUUCCUCAGAAUUUUUCGAAUUUAGUUGAAGAAUGGGAAGGAUCCUUUGAUAGAUCUGAAGCAUUAAAUGAUGUAGUUGUGCCUAACGCAGGUGUUGAUAAAGAAUUUGAUGAUUCACAACAUGAGAUUGAUGUCAUCAUAUCGGAAUUAAACUCAACUUUGAAAGAGUAUCAACGUUCGUUCAAAUGCCCAGAAAUGUUAUACCGUGAUAGUGGUAAAGAAAUAUACCUUUUGGAGGUCCCCAACAGAAUAAACAAGAUGAUUCCAAAGGAUUGGAACCUAAUGGGAUCAACUUCUAAAGUGAAGCGUUAUUGGUCACCUGAAGUCAAAGUAUUAGCAAGAAACCUUCUGGAAAAGCUAGAAUUACACAAGCAGAUCCUGGAAAACGUCAAAGGUAAUAUAUACAACCUUUUUAAUGGGCAUUAUAAGGAAUGGAAUCAUGCUGUUCAAGUUAUUGCAGCGAUUGAUUGCUUAUUAUCAAUAACUAAAACAAGCGAAACCAUGUCCUAUCCAUCUUGUCGACCAACAUACGAUGAGAAAUCAGCAACAUCCCACAUUAAGUUUGAGGAGUUGAGAAACCCCAUUUAUGAAGGAACUUGCACGUUCAUUCCCAAUGAUGUGGAAUUAGGAGGCGACAAACCUACGUUUGCACUACUUACAGGUGCAAAUGCAGCCGGAAAAUCCACUAUAAUGAGGACCACUUGUUUAGCAGUAAUUUGUGCCCAAUUAGGAAUUUAUUUGCCUUGCAGCCUGGCCACCUUUUCCAAGCCGGUAGAUAAAAUCAUGACCAGGCUAGGAGCCAAUGAUAAUAUCAUGGCAGGGAAGUCUACAUUUUUUAUUGAAUUGAGUGAAACAUCCAAGAUUCUACGUAAUGGAACAAAGAACUCUUUGAUUAUAUUAGAUGAAUUGGGAAGAGGUGGAUCUUCUAGUGAUGGUUUUGCAAUAGCCACAAGUGUUCUUUAUCAUCUAAGUUGUCAUGUGCAAAGUAUGGGAUUUUUUGCAACUCACUUUGCCAGUUUAGGAGAUGAAUUCUCGCACAGUAAGCAAAUUCAACCAAUGAGAAUGGGGAUCGAUGUUGACUCCAAAUCGAGAAACGUUACGUUUUUGUACAAGUUAGAACCAGGUCGUGCUAGUGGAUCAUUUGGGAUGAAUGUUGCAUCUAUGUGUGGAAUUGAAGAAAGCAUUAUUGACAACGCCGAAGUCGUUGCGAAGUCGUUUGAACAAACAUCCGUCAACAAACAAUCUACGCAAUUGGCGGAGCUUGGUUUUGCGCUUGGUUUACAAAGUGAUUUCAGUUGGUUGCUCGAGGAAAAGAAGUACCAGCAAUUGGAUGCAGAUAUAUUAAAGUAUGAUAAAGAAAGUGGACUCAAAAAUAUUUUUGAGUUAAUUACAUAG